AUGAACGAAACUCGUCUCGACGGCAAAGAGAAUCCUAGCUUUGCUGGCUUAAGCGAAAAUGAAGUAGCAACACCACUAAAAGAUGGAUAUGAUAGUACAAAGGAUGAUUACGACACCGGCGUCACGGCCUGGCUCCAAGUUCUCGGUUCAUUUUUCCUGUAUUUCAAUUCAUGUUUCAUGUUUAGGGGAAUUAUCAACGCUUUCGGAGUGUUCGAAACGUACUAUGAACAUCAAAUUCUGUCGCAUAUGUCGCCAUCGGCGAUUGCUUGGAUUGGAUCCAUUCAGUCAGCCCUGCUCAUGGUAGUUGGCGUGAUCAGUGGUCCGCUCUUUGAUGCAGGCUAUUUCUACGCCCUGUUACCAACUGGCACCUUUCUGGUUGUGCUAGGAACGAUGAUGACGAGCCUCUCGACGAAAUAUUAUCAAAUCAUGCUGGCACAGGGCAUCUGUGUUGGAAUCGGAGCCGGCUUCUUGUUCAUUCCAUCAGUUGCGAUUUUGCCGCAGUACUUUAAGAACAAACGAGCUCUAGCAAAUGGCAUUGCCGCAUCUGGAAGCAGCAUUGGGGGCGUCCUUUUUCCCAUUAUUUUUCAUCAACUUGAAGUCCAGAUAGGGUUCCCCUGGGCAACCCGCACGAUUGGCUUUCUCUCUCUCGCAACUUGCGCUAUUUCCAUCGGUGUAAUGCGAUUGCGUUUCCGAACCCAAGAGAAAAGAGCACUGCUGCAACUUUCUGCGUUCAAAGAAGCUCAAUACUCGCUCUUUUGCUUGGCGUGUUUCCUAGGUUUCCUAGGCUUUUAUAACUUCCUUGUUUAUGUACAGCCUUAUGCAAUCGAGACUAGGAUUGUAGAUGUCAACCUUGGCUUUUAUCUCAUUGCCAUCUUGAACGCCGCGUCAACAUUUGGCCGGGUUGGCCCAAAUUUCGUCGCGGAUCAUGCAGGGUCACUCAACGUGCUCUUUCCAGCAUUGGCCAUCACAGCUACCCUAGCCUAUUGUUGGGCUGCCGUGCGCAGUACAUCAGGAAUCAUUACGCUUUCUGCGCUUUAUGGAUUCUUCUCAGGAGGGACCUCCGCAAGCUUGGGACUCGGCUAG